GACGUGUGAACCCGACCAGUCUGUAUGGGGGGGAGAUUACAGUAAAGAAUGCUGUCGUUUUCAUAUUCGUGGCCGUGUGCUAUGUUUUUGCUAACUGUGUAGUGUUACAUCUAGAUGCCCCAGAGAUCGGCUGAUGCUUUUUGGAGUUACGGGAUUUGUCGUUUGUGUUUUAGCAUAGCCAGAAGCGGCGCCUGCAACCCUUUAACUUGAACUUGAGACCUCUAGCUAGCCAGCGUGUGCUGUGAGUGGAUUAUGGUUAUUCUCGCGUUAUGAUGCCUCGGGAUAACAUGACCUCACUUAUUCAGAAAAUUGCUAGACAAGCCCUCACGACGUUCCGCAACCAUUCCGCUACUGGAGAGAGUAAAAUAUUUUUAGAGAAUCACAGCAAACUGAGGAGCCUCCUGUCAGAGGUCAGAGCUGCAGAUCUGAGGAUUGUGCCUCGCUAUGCAGAGAGAAGCUCGGCGCCCACCCCGCUCCACGGUCCCCCCGUGACAUACAUGCACAUAUGCGAGACCGAUUCCUUCAGCAUGGGAGUUUUUUUGCUCAAGCACGGGACGUGCAUUCCGCUCCACGACCAUCCAGGCAUGUACGGCAUGAUAAAAGUCAUUUACGGCAAGGUCAGAAUUAGCUGCUUUGACAGACUGGGCGCGUCACCUGACGGCGCGCUGCAGAAAAGUUCCAUGCGGCCCUCCACACGUCGUUCCGUUGGGGAAUACACGGAGGAGGAUGCGCCGUGCGUCCUGUCCCCGUACAGGGACAACAUCCACCAGCUCGAGGCCGUAGACGGACCAACCGCGUUCCUUGACAUUUUGGCUCCACCGUAUGACCCGGACGGCGGCAGGGACUGUCACUACUACAAAGUGUUGCAGCCAGCGUCCGAGAGCGCAGAGAACAAGGCUGAGGUCCCAGGGCAUGCCGAGGUAUGGCUCGCGGAAAUCCCGCAGCCCGGCGGGUUCUGGUGUGGGAGUGAACCGUACCCGGGACCGAAGGUUUCUCUCUGAGAUGUCCGUGCUCGCGUGAGUUAGCCACGGGGUUGUGCCUGCCACGACCCAAACUGCAAGCAAGUGUGGGAGUUUCAGGUCCAAGAAAGCCCGCCUGUUAUCAGGACACUGCCAAUACACCUACAAAGUUGGACUGUGAACUCAAUAAACAAUUACUGCUUCUGGGUUUUUGGGGUUUUCUUCUCUCUUUUUUUUUUUUUUUUUUUUUUUUUUUUUGGACAUGUAAUGAAUCUGCUGCUAUUUCACUAAUUCAGUUGUGAUUUACCCUGUCUGGCUUUUGCGUCCUCUGUUGCUUGUUUUGUUAAUACGCAUAAACUGAUUCUUUAAAUCCAA